AUGAACUUGUCAAAGACGCCCCUGAAGAUUAUUCGAAUUCGUUCCCUCGAGGAGGCCUAUAGACUCGUCGACCUGGCUUGCGAAGCCUUUGCAGACGACCCCCUCUACGCCCUUAUCCUCCCAAAGCGCUUGGAGCAGCCUGAAUGCUUCCGAGAAGCUUGGUCAACAAACUUCCGCGAAGAGUAUGGGAAGAAGGGGUCGGUCAUACUAGCGGCCAAGAGGGAAAGUGAUGGCGAGUUUGUUGCUUUUGCCGUUUGGGCUCGUUAUGGGACGAGCUAUCUCGCUCAAAGCUGGCAAGGAGAUACCUGGGACAAGAAACUCAUGAGACUUAAGAUGACAAUGGAGAAUUUCUACGGUUCUAUUACCGGCGGUCCCGAUCCCAGCCUUGUUGCGACAGAUGCUAUGAGCUACCUAAUCGCUAGCGCAAAAGAGGCAGAGAAACUCUACCCUGCCGAGCGUUGGGGUCUUUCGUGGUUAGGGGUAUCCCCAAAGUGUCAACGGACCGGUAUUGGAAGACGUCUCGCACAAUGGGGUAUCGAUCGUUCUGAAGAAGAAGGUGCUCCAGCAGUGCUUGUGUCAAGCGAGUCAGGUAUACCGCUUUACGAGAAGCUGGGAUUCAAGGAGAUCGGUCGAGCUGCUUAUGAUAAAGAUGGAAAUACUCAGCCUGUGAUGCUGCGGCCGGCGGAUAACAGGGAAGACCCAGAGGGCGAAGAACAGUAG